UGUGUGUCUGUGUUGGUCCCGUCUCAGUUUCUCUAAAAAUGCUGCAGCUGCUUCUAUUGCUGCUGCUGUCAUCCACAGCUGACAGCCAGAGUCAGCGAGUGUCGGGCUACAAGAAGGCAAAUGCAUGUGUGUGCCAGCUAAACUCCACCAUGUGGGUGUUCCCUGCUCAGAAGUUUAAGUACGUGUUGGAGGAAGUUUACACCUGUGAAGAAUCUCUGAAUAACCUACAAGAAGAGCUGUCGUUCUCCAGCCAACGUCUCCCUCUGAUCCAGGAUCAGUUUACCAACUUUACUGCUCGGCUGGAGCCCUACGACUACCUGCACUCCCAGGGCCUGUAUACAGAACUGUCCCUGCGCCAGCUGGGCCAGGAGCUCAGCCAGUUACAGGUGGACAUCGAUGUGGUCCACAGCCAGCUUAACAACUCUGAGACACAGAAACUCUCCAAAGAGGCUGAUAGACUACAUAAACAUGUAAACAAGUUGCAAACAAUAGACACGCUUAACAUGAAGACUGUGAAGGAGAAACUGCGCUACCUAAAGAAUAAUGUGGAGACCUGCAAGUCAAUCCCCAAAGACUUCAGAGUUCAGGACAAGCACUGCGUCAGAGGUCUGAUCACCAACAUCAGUGACCCUAUCACGACUAAAGUCAGUCCUCAUGGUAAGAGCUAUAUCUCUGGUUCUUGGGGAAAACAAGCCCAGAAAGAGAGCGAGGGGCAGAAGAACAGUUACUGGGUUCAACCUCUGCUCAGCAGCCACAUCUGGGGCAACACUGUGCGCAUUUACCAAACCUACGAAGACUUCAUGGCCUCAACAAACCACAGAGAAUUUACCUUUGCUUCAUCUUACAGUCAUCCAAACACAAAUGAAGGUCCAAACGCCAUCCUGUAUGGCGAGGCUCUGUAUUAUCACUGCUACCGCUCUGCAGACGUGUGCCGGUACGACCUGGAGACCAACGAGGUCAAACGGGUGACUCUUCCAGGCACCGGUGUGGGUUUCAACAACAAGUUCCCCUAUUGUUACUAUGAUUGCCAGCUCAAUAGUGAUGUUGACGUAGAGGCAGAUGAAACAGGACUGUGGGCUCUCUAUGCCACUCUAGGUAACCAUGGAAACCUUGUGAUCAGCCGGUUAGUUUGGGACAGCGAGGUGAAGAGUCUCAACGUGACACAGACGUGGGAAACGAGGUUGUUCAAGAAGGCAGUGAGCAACGCCUUCAUGGUGUGCGGUGUGAUGUACGCGACUCGUUACGUUAAUGAGUACAGGGAGGAGGUGUUCUACGCCUUCGACACAGCCACAGGCAAGGAAGACAACUCACUAGCAAUACCACUGGAGAAGGUAGCUAAAGCAGUGGCUAGUCUGAGCUACAAUCCCACCAACAAGCAGAUCUACAUGUACAACGGUGGAUACUUGCUGGCCUACCAGGCCUACUUCAGAUCUGAAGCUUUGUAG